AUGAAGGCCGAAACAAGUGAAGAAAGCGGUUCCGAACAGGAGAGUGAGCAGAGCGACUUGUCCUCGUCGGAGGAUGAAAUACAUGCUGAAUUUGAGAAAGCAAAUGCUUGGCGCCUUCAUACUCUUAGUUGGUGUUUAAUGGAAUACGACCACGAUGAUUCAUAUACGCCAAGACGGGUUUUUGGUAAAACAUUUCCUGUGAAGGUGACACCGGACAUGGUGUAUGAUCAAGUUGUUAAAAGAUCUUUGACCGAAUGGGCUAACUAUGAUAGAACAUUUUGCCCUGAUAGAGGUUACGUACUUGUUUACCCAGAUGGUCAAUUGGCACGAACAAUUCCUGGUGGGGACGAAGAAUUCGUGAUGGGCAAGUACAAAGAAGAACUUGGGAAAGCGUACUCAAGAAUAAUAUCUCCAGAAUCCAGUGGAAAUGGGUCUGGGGAAGCUGUUGCAACAUCCUAUGCUUUGACGGACUUUUUUGGAGUUGAUGAGAAUGCUGCUGUGCAACAGGCCAUACGUAAUAGCUUGUCUAUGCAUGUCGAUGUGGAAGAUGCAGUUGGUGAUGCUAUCACUGACCUUGAAAUUCUCACAAGUGAUGGUUUCUUGAAUGCAGUUAAAGAGCAUGCAGCAAACAAAAUUCAAGGAGACCCUCGAAACAUUGUUGUUAGCCGAUUAAGCAUAUGGCGAACUGCGCUACCAUAUUUUAGAAGGAAAGGCUUCCUUAGUUCCUCUGGCAUUUUGAAAGUAUCAUUUGCUACAUUUGAAGAGGAGGAAGAUGCCGUAGAUCAAAGUGGCCCAAGAAGAGAAUUCUUCCAUCUACUUCUUGGAGCUAUUGCACGAGACAGUGGAAUAAUGUGUAGCAUGCCAACAGGUUGUGUAAUUUGCUGCAAUGUUGGAGCCUUGAAUCAAGGAACAUUUUUGGCUGUUGGACACAUGUUGGCUACACUUGUUGUGCAAGGUGGAGAAUUGCCACGAAUAUUUAGCAAAUCUGUUUGCCAAUAUAUUGAGGCAGGGUUUGGCAGCUGUACACAGAUAUAG